UUGAGGACAGUGAAGAGUCCAAACCUAGUCCCUCACCCACCGCCUGAACAUCCCAUAAUCCUGCAAACCCCGAACCCGCAGAUCUGAGGAACUACCCCGGAUCAUCUGCGCCAGAGCCUGCAGGGGCAAAUCCAGCGCGCGCCGGGGCAAUUCGGACACUAAGCGCGAGAGAGAGAGCGAGUGCUGGAGGUCAGUAUGGAGUUCAGCUGCUCCCCAAAGCCCCAGCUCUCCUCCAGAGCGAACGCCUUCUCCAUAGCUGCUCUGAUGGCCAGCGGCAAGGAGAAAGACAAGGAACCCGAAGAGAACACCAUCAGACCGCUGGAGCAGUUCGUGGCGCAGUCCUCGUCCUGCGAGCGCGCGGACGCAGAGGAGAGUCGCGAGCGCGCCGAUUCCCGCGAGCGCGGAGAGUCCAGAGAGCGCGCCGAGCCUUUGAUCCCACGCGCUCCUGCCGCGCCCAGCGAGGACAUGAAGAACAUCAACUGUAGUCUCGAGACCAAAGAGCUGUGGGACAAGUUCCACGAGCUCGGUACAGAGAUGAUCAUCACCAAGUCAGGAAGGCGGAUGUUCCCCACUAUCCGCGUCUCCUUCAGUGGGGUGGAGCCGGACUGCAGAUACAUUGUUCUGAUGGAUAUCAUCGCCGUGGACAACAAGCGCUAUAGAUACGCCUACCACCGCUCCUCCUGGCUGGUAGCCGGGAAAGCCGACCCCCCGCUGCCCGCGCGACUAUAUGUCCAUCCUGACUCCCCCUUCACCGGAGAGCAGCUGCUGAAACAGAUGGUUUCCUUUGAGAAGGUCAAACUUACCAACAACGAGCUGGACCAGCACGGACAUAUCAUUCUGAAUUCGAUGCAUAAAUAUCAGCCUCGGGUUCACAUUAUAAAGAAGAAAGAACACACCGCCUCGCUGCUCAACCUCAAAUCAGACGAGUUCCGCUCCUUCAUCUUCACCGAGACCCAGUUCACCGCCGUCACCGCCUACCAGAACCAGCUGAUCACUAAACUGAAGAUAGACAGUAACCCGUUCGCUAAAGGCUUCAGAGACUCGUCCAGACUCACCGACAUUGAGAGUAGGGAAAGUGUUGAGAAUCUGAUCCACAAGCACUCGUACGCUCGUUCUCCCAUACGGACGUACACGGCGGAGGAGGAGAACCUGGGGGAGGACGGACACUCCACACACGGCCGAGGUUCUGCAUUCACAGCCUCUGAGAACCUCUCCCUGAGCUCCUGGGUCGCCUCGUCUUCAGGGUUUUCGGGUUUCCAGCCUCCACAGUCCCUGCAGGCUCUGGGCUCCGCCGGCAGUGGCCUAGCAGGGCCUCUACCCCCCAUUCAGGGCUCUCUGCCCCCUUACGGCCGGCUGGGCGUCCCCCUGACCCCCUCCGCCCUGGCGGGAUCCAUGCAAGCCAGCGGUCCCACCUUCCCAUCCUUCCACAUGCCUCGCUACCACCACUACUUCCAGCAGGGUCCGUAUGCCGCCAUCCAGGGCCUACGCCACUCCAACACCGUCAUGACCCCAUUCGUAUGACCGGGACCACCACAUUACCAACUUUAACAACAAUGUGUUCAGUUUAUGGCACUCUUCAGACACAAGGGGGCGCUGUAAAGAACCAGCAAUCACCAUAACAUGCAUCUGGUUUUACCAGUUUCUACAAACCCAUGUCCAUUUACGUUACAGGUUGACCCAACACAGGAUAUUGCACGAUUAGGCUGAAUGCCAUUGGAAAACUAACUCUUAAACUAAGAGAAACACAAAGAAACGAACCUAACCUCGGAAUUAAAAGCGCUAAGCUAGCCACCGUCCCUUGCUGGUAACACUACAGUCAUGCAAGAGUUCUCCAAUUGAGGGAUCUUUAGCAAGGGUAACCAUAAAAUCUCCUUAACUCCCGUAUAAAGGGGAGUUCUUCAAAGAGGAGUUCCAGGAACUAGGAAAACUCUACUAAAGAACACUUGGAAAACCCUGUUUUUUAAGGGUAUAGAGUAAAGACAAGACAAGAGUUCUCAAUAGAACCAGGACGAUGCAAUCAACCAUAUGAAUGCACAUAAGGAAAGGCAUUUGCAACUGAUUCUGUCUAGAACCAUUAAAAAAAGGUUUUACUAUCAAAAUGAAGGACUUACAUAUCUCAUUUUGCUUACAGUGUAAAAACACCUGACUGAACUAACUGUUCAGCUUGCUUGAUUAAUUAAGUCUUUUUUUCAUAUAAAAAUGCUGAAUUCUUUUUAGAAUAAUGUCAUCCAGAAACGGAUAGAUGUCUCGUAACAAAACAUGAAACUCUUGUUAAAGCUUGAGAAAGAACUUGACGAUUCCUCCCUCGCCCUGCCCCCUACUCUUCAUUAAAAAUGGCAGUUUUUUUUUUGUAAAUGCAAAAUUGGAAAAGCUGUGCUUUGUUGUUAAGAUGUGCAUGAGAAGUACAAUGUACAACGACAACAUUUUCGUGCAAUUUUUGUGCAAUUGAACCAAACAUUAUAAUUCACCCGAACGAUUUUUACCAGAUUUUAUCAGCAAGUUCAAAUCCACACAAUUUCAUAAAUUCUCUGCAUAUUCUCUGUUUAAGACAGAUAAGUACUGUAUACUCUUUCUGAGUGUGUUUGAUGUAAAACACUUGGUUCUAGAUAAUUACAUGAGCAUGUGGUUGGCUGGGUUCAAAAAAGGGGGAUACUUCAAGGUUCUAUACAGAUCGAGUCAGAGGCAUUAAUGAUUCCUUGUUUGAUAAACAGUUUAAUUACAUUUACAUUUACAUUUAUGGUAUUUAGCAGAUGCCCUUAUCCAGAGCGACUUACAACAGUGCUUCAAAGUUACUUAAGAUAUCCAAAGCUAGUUUGUAGACUAAGGCUUACACUUUUUGUGGAUUUGUAGAUUAAGGCUUACACUACUAUUAAGACUCAAAGAACUAUUUUCAAACUAUUAUAGACCUUUAACCUUUUUGCCAAGCGUAAAACGUCUAAAGUACAGAAAUCUGUAGUCUAUAGAUUUCACCAGAAUAGACCGUUUUACCAAAUGUGUUCUUCUCAAACAGAUAUGCAGAGAAUUUAGGACACAUUCUCCUUUAAAACGUCUUUGGUAUUCUAGGGUUUAUCCCAGAAGAUCCCUCCCCCGUCCAGAAAGAAAGGACUGCUGAUUGGACAGACCUUCUAUCUCCUGGUUUCCUACUUUAUGUUCAGGAAGAAAGAACAUUUCCUCCAGUGUGUAAAUAGUGUGAACGACAACAGAAACUGUUCAACGAUCUGGAAGAACUGCUGGCUGCAGCCGUACCGGAGAACACAAACAAACAAACAAACAAACAAAAUACCAAAGGACAGCAGAUCUGUGCUGCACCAUAAGCUUUCAUUUUUACCAUAGAAAACCCACCGUCAAUGAGGGAAAAGACCUGAGAUCAAGACUCAAAUCAUCUAUCAAACACGUGAAAAACAGACUGCCGUGUGACCUCAAACACUAGGGGGCGCUGUGAUCUCCAAACAGGCAAUAUCCAAACAGGAUAUAAAAAACUGGAUACACCACGAACUGGCCUCUCUGUUCAGACAUGGACGUGUAUCUUUCCUCUCUACACUGUUGGAUGAUGGACAGUGUUUGGUCGACAUUAUUUGGAUUAACCGGAGCAAACGACAUCUAAUAAUGUGACCAAAGUUGAAGAGUUUUAAUCCCAUUAAAAAGUGGAUUGUAAAUGAAGAAGCCAUCAAAAACACUCACACUGUACAGACAUUAAUUUUUUUGUUAAAAGAAAAAAAGGAAAUCCAGUUGACAUCAAGCUUCAAUAUUGUACAGCCACAUAUUGUACAGGUUUUGUUUGAAGGAAAAAAACUUUAAGUCACACAUCCAUCAAAACCCAACUUUGGCUUGACAUCGAAACCCUACAGAUGUUGUAAUGUUAGCAAUGGAUUUUUGGUUAGCAAUGAUACCAUCUACAUCAAAACCCAACAAACACUGUGUAGACAUUGAAUUUAUUUGUCAAGAACAGCAUUGGGUAGACAUCAGCCUCCAAUGUCAGACGGAUGUUGAAUUGUUGUGAAAAAUGAAUGAGGUAAUACUUUACAAUAAGGGUACAUCAAUUAACAGUACUUAUGACAUAAAGUCUCAACUAAUUAUUAACUAAGACUAGUUAAUACAUUAUUAAUCAUUAUUAAUCAUUCCAACCACUCGUUUUUUUUUUAACUACUCAAUCCAUUAUUAUUUACAAAAUUCUGAUGCGUCAACAUUUGGAAAUGAUUAAUAGUGUCGUGUUGGUUAAUAACUAGUUGAGACAUUAGUUUCAAUAUCAUUUAAAAAUGUUUAUUACUUUCGUAAGCACUGUUAAUUGUGACACAUAUUGUAAAGUGCUAAAAAGACAUUACAUUGGGCGCUGUAAUGAAAAGUCAAAUAUUUUGAAAAAACAUUAAUCUCCAACGUUUGAUAAACAUUGAAUAAAUAUCUGUGAAAGUCA